CGUAACUUUGUAAUUGGGAAGAGGUAGGAGGUCUGUGGAAGUCUAUUGAUUGCAUGGUAUAGGACUAGAUUGAUAGGUGUGCCUAAGUGUUUGGUGCAUGUUAUCUAUUUUCAGAUUCUUCUCCUUGUUCAUCUAUGUGGAGUUUCUCGAUGCUCUAUAUGACUGAAUUCUGUUUUAAAUAAGGAGAGCUUCCUUAGUUUAAUAGUUUACUAGAAGCUGUUCGCUGUUUGCUAUUUGCACUCUGCUUUCUGGGUUUGCGUUAUAAAGAAGAGAGCUUGAAGUUCGUUUCUUUGGUACGAUUCGUUCGAAACAUCUGCUGGAAGAUAAGAGUUAAGUGGGCUUCUUAACAGUCUAUGCUUUAUUCCCAGUGGGCCUUCCCGUUUAUUUUAGUUUUGUAAAUAAAAAGUGGGCUUUAUUUCAAUUAAAGCCCAAUCGAAGAGAAAGGUGAAAGGCAAGAGUAGAGAGUAGAGACGAGACGACAGAUCGACGAGAGGAUCAGAGGAAUAAUGUAUUCAUGUUCCUCAUCCAUUUUUGUCUUCUUCCCUUUCUUCAUUCCAUCCAAAAAGUUAAAGCCAAAAUCCCUAAUUUUUGCUUCAAUCAGAACUUAGAAAAUAUAUCACUCAAUUGGAAGAGCUUACAAUUUAGAAGCCACCAAGUGGGCUAUUUGUAGCGUCAACGUCAUGGUAGACAGAGAUGUAAGUAGAGCUUUUGAAGAUGGGCCUAUCAGAAAUAGCACUAGCAAUAGAAUAGAAUAGCUGAUUGGGCGCAGGCAGUACGUAGUAGGGACCCUUGUGACUGCUUGCUAUUAGCUGGAUUUGAAAGCUCUGAAAGAAAGCCUUCCCUCUCCCUCAAUUCCAACUCUUUCCCUCCACACAAAAAAAAAAAAAACCCCCCAAAAGAAACUGUUACUUUCUCAGCAACUAUUUGCUUUACUUCCCCACCCUUCGGGCGGACGUAUAUAUAAAUACCAGCCCCUUCGCAGACCCAAAAUCAAGCAGCAGUCAGUCAAAUACUAAUAUACAUUCUCCUCUUCCAUUUCCAUGUCGGCAGGCUUCGCAAUCUGCGUAGUUGCCCUGGCGCUUGCUUCGGCAGCCCAAUUAGCGUCGUCUCGGCCCACAACUUUCGCUCAGGACUUCCAAGUAGCAUGGGCCGAAACCCACGUCCGCCAGAUCGACGGCGGCCGCGCCGUCCAGCUCCUUCUCGACCAGAACUCGGGUUGCGGGUUUGCUUCCAAGCGCAAGUACCUGUUCGGACAGGUCAGCAUGCGGAUCAAGCUCGUGCCCGGAGACUCCGCCGGAACCGUCGCUGCCUUUUAUCUGAACUCGGACACGGCCGGCGUGAGGGACGAGUUGGACUUCGAGUUCCUGGGUAACCGGUCCGGCCAGCCGUACACGGUCCAAACCAACAUCUUCGCUCACGGCAAGGGGGAUCGAGAGCAACGGGUCAACCUCUGGUUCGACCCCUCCGCCGACUUCCACCUCUACCGAAUCCGCUGGAGCCAUUCCCAGAUUGUGUACUACGUGGACGACGUGCCAGUGAGGGUGUUCAAGAACAACGAGGGGAAAGGAGUGGGGUACCCGAACUCGCAGCCGAUGGGCGUGUACUCCACGCUCUGGGAGGCCGACGACUGGGCGACGAGAGGCGGGCUGGAGAAGAUAGAUUGGACUAAAGCUCCGUUUGUGGCCCAUUACAAGGACUUCGACAUUGAAGGCUGCCCGGUCCCGGGCCCGGCCCGUUGUGCCUCCAACCCUACCAACUGGUGGGAAGGCGCCAAUUACAAGGGCCUCACCGCUCUCGAGGCCAGAAACUACAGGUGGGUUCGUGUCAACCACAUGACCUACGACUACUGCACCGACAAAUCCCGAUUCCCCGUCCCGCCGCCGGAGUGCACCGCCGGCAUCUGAAAACGAUGAAUUGCAGACACUGAGACACACACACGUCCUCGUAAUUAAAUGUUUAUUAAUUAAUGUUGGUGUUUUCAUGUUAAUUAGCACGCCAUGAGAUAAAUUAAACGUGGGGGGUGGGGUGGCGGAAUAAAAUUAGUGCUGCACUUCUGUUGUCCGUACCGUACGUACGUCCUUCUCAGGCGAGUCGUCGGCCGGGAGCAGGAAAAAGUUAUCCCGUAGCGUCUACACAGUCGUGUAUAUUUGUAAUUGUUUGUUUACUGUUUAUAAUUUUAUGGAGAAGGUUAAAUUAUUAAUACUAUAUAUAUAUAUAUACACCAGCUUCUUAGACACAUUUUGUAACAAAAGCUGUGAACUUGAAAUUCGGACAGGGGUCUCACCUGAAAGGAAAUUCAGCCGCUUGAAGUUUGCAGAAAUUCACCAUAUAACGUAUGAUUUUAAAUCAGCUGUUAAUAUCGUGGAUCGUGGAAAUUCGAACAUAUAAAAAUUUGGUCAGAUCAAACUCUAAUACUGUAUCAUAAAUCGUUUUGCAGACGUCUCAUUUAAUUUGUCCAUAGUAGAUGGGAAUAUAGUGGAAUGAGAUUGGAUGCUAACCCCUAACGGUUAGCAGCAUGCUAACUAUCUUUCCAGCAGUUAAAUUAAAAUAGUAAUCCAAAAGUCCUGAUUAAUUAAAGAUUAUUUUGGUCAAUUACUUUAUUAAAAUUUCUAAACCCUAAUUAUAAAACCGUCUCCCCGCUGCCUCUCUCUCUCCAACCCACACAGUAAUAUAGUACAUGCAAUGCAAUGCAAUGCAAUGCAAUGCAGGCGUGGCAUGCAUAUCCGCAUUCGACGUGGUCCGGCAAUCUGAUUAAGAAAUGUCAUAUAUGAUGUGAUUAAAAAUUAAUUAUUACACUAAUUGUUCUUUGGUUCUGAUAUCUCACUUUCUUUAGUUCUUAUAUAUCUAGCGUAACUGCAAAGGAAGAAAUAAGGUGUAUGGUAAUACCAAGGUUGUUAACUCGCGGGUCGACCCACUUUGACCCUGACCCGAUGAGAAAAACGGGUCGCACGCACCGGCCGGGUCGACCGCUACAAGGUAUCGCGGGUUGGAGGUCAAAUUGUGUCAUUUUUUUUCUUUGGUUUGCGGAAUGCGCCUAUUUUCCGAAUUUUCUUUUCGCCUAACUCAAUCUUUGGAAUCCUUAGUCGAACAUUUGAAUAUUGAUGUUAUAUAAGUGUGUGUGAAUUUUCGCUAUAUGUUGGAUCUAAGUACGACAUGUUACUUUGGUGUAAUGUUAUAUGUUAUUACUCAUAUGUUAAGAUGAGAUUUGAUAUAAUUUAUCAGGAUAAGUACAAUAUAAUGACUCUUUUCAUAUUUCCAGGUUGAAGCGGGCUAAAACGGGUGACCCGUUAACCCUUGACCCACUAGCUCGAUCGGGUCCGGGUCAACCCGCGGAUUGACAACCUUGGGUAAUACCAAAUACAGAGUUUGGCAUAUUAAUUAAAUUGCUCUGAUAAUUGGACCAAGAUGAAAACGAACAAGUCAUUUGAAAAACUAACGGUGCAAUUUUUUGAGGUCUACUUACUUGGGGAUAUAGCAUGGUCCUGCUAAUUAAGACAUGGAUGGACCCUGGCUUGGUGGCCCACAAAGCAAGACUUGUAAACUCUGGAGAGCUGAAGAAUGGUCAAUUUCGGAAGUAGCCUUUCUUCUUUAUACGAUUCUCCUGCUUUUGUUUUGUUCGUUGCGAUCAAAUCUUAUUCUCGUGCAAGAAAACAUCAUGUUGCAUAUUAUAACAAAAGUCCCUCCGAUGAAGUGCCUAGCUUAGUCCAGGUGCCGGCUUUCAGUGUGACUUUCCAAACGGUGAAGUUCUUAAUUAGUUAUGACCACAUUCGAAAUUUCAAGUUCUAUCUCUGGGAUAGAUAUAUUUCCAAACGGAUGUAUUUGAAAUGUGGGUAUUUAAAAUAUAUGUAAUUUAAAUUU